UAAGCUUCUUCUCCAUCGUUCGAUUGCUUUGAAAUGCGGAACGCAAGAGAUGGAUCAGAUAAGCCAGACGCUAUAACAUCUACCUAACACCCAGCACCCCUUCUUUUCAUACGAUAAAAUAUAAAAUAUAAAAUACCAUAAAGAUAAAAUAAAAUAAAAACCAUGGCCGUCACAGCCACAACCACCAGCACCGUGCCCCGCGGCCCCGUCACCGCCAAGAUCAACUUCAACGAGCGCCCCGCCCCCGGCGUCGUCGCCUUCAACUACGUGGAGGCGCCGCCGGCGGGCCAGCCGCAGCGGAACCUGGGGAUCGACACGCACGAGGUGACCAUCGCGGACGUGCGCGGGCGGGAGGCCGAGUACACGCUGGACAAGGACGCCUUCCAGAUCGUGCAGGGGCUGCCGCCGUCGGCCGAGGAGACGGGGUCCGGCUCCGGGUUCACGGACGACGCCUCCAUCGCCGAGAGGUACUACCCGGAGGUGGAGAAGCUGCUGCUGGACAGCAUCCCCGGCAGCCAUAGGGUGUACAUCUUCGACCACACGAUCCGCCGCGCGGACCCGGCCGCGCCCCGCCGCGCCGUGCUCCUCGCGCACAUCGACCAGACGCCGUACUCGGCGGAGAAGCGGGUGCGGCGGCACAUGGGGGACGACGCGGAGGCGCUGCUCAAGGGGCGGUACCGCAUCGUCAAUGUCUGGCGCACCCUGAACGAGAACCCCGUCGAGGCCACGCCGCUCGCCUUCGCGUCCAGCUCCACCCUCGACGACGCGGACGUCAUCCCCGUCGAGCACAGGUACAACACCGGGUACGUCGGCCAGACCGCCGCCAUCGCCUACAACCCCAACCAGAAGUGGCACUACCUCAGCGGCAUGACGGGCGACGAGCGCCUGCUGCUCGAGUGCUUCGAUAGCGAGGGGACCAAGGAGAAUUCCGGGGUGGCCGGUGGGCGGCUGCCGCACACUGCUUUCGAGGACCCUAGGACGAGGCCUGAUGCGGAAGGGAGGGAGAGUAUUGAGGUACGGGCACUAGUAUUCGGACCUUAAAAAAGAUGUAACAGGUGCAAAAUAAAUAUUUCACAAGGUUACGGUUCACUUUACGUUAGGUAGACAUUUAGGUUAGGUAGUUUGGUAGGGCAUUUAAUAAUGGUAUCGUUCAACAUUACUUUUAUGAAAAAGACCGCUAUCUGUAGUGAAAUCCAAAUCUAAUUCCCCCUCCCAACGCCUAUUCGUGGGAUGGUACCAAUCCUAUGCGAUCCGGGAUAUGU